AUGCGAUCUUUGCAGGUGCGCUGUCCCUCGGAGUCCAUGCCAAAAGUGACCGAGAUGGUCGGGACCCUGUCCCCCCUUGCGAGGCUCGACGAGAUGCACCCCUCGCUGGCAAAGUUCAGCGUGCCGGCGGCGGGAGAGCUUGGCGAUCGACCCCCCGCCAGAACCGGCGCCGGCGAAGGGGUAACAGGGGAAGUGGCGAUGAUGGGGGGGCUAAGUCUGUCCAAGGCGUUCGAGACCAUCGAGUCUAGAAAGACCGAACUCCGGGUGUGGGACUACUCCAUCAGUCAGGCGACGCUAGAGUCCAUCUUCAUGAGCUUCGCGAAGCACCAGGAGGAAGAGGUCGCUAGUGUGCCGGGGGUGCAGUACACCGACACCGAUGCCGGAGACGUUGACGCCGGCGAGCAGCACCAUGGCCUAUCCGCCGGGGGCAACAACCACAGCGGCGACGGCGACGGCGACGGCGACGGCGGCGGCGGCGUGCGCCAAGGGCGAUCCCGUCCUCCCCAGUUGAUGGACGUGGAAAUGGGCAGGCUUGGGGGGGGGAAAUGCCACUCCCGCGAAAGAGAUUCUUCACAUGAAGAAGUGGUCCGCGUCGAAGAAGAGUUCCGUUCCGGGGAAGGAGAAAAUGCGGCUCUUCUUGCAUGAUGUGUUGCGUUGGCGUGUUUUGCCGGGGGGGGGGGCGCAAGCCCCGAAAUUGUUGCUUUCAAUGCGCUCGAAUGUUUGUGGUUCCGAUAGUCGUUCGUACGCGGCUCAAGAAAACCCCCCACGGUGUUGAAAACAGUUUUGCUUGUAGAAAGAUUCACCGGGUGUGUCUCAACGUGGUGUGUGUGGAAUCUUCGUAUUAUGUCGUCCUACCAUUAUAUAUGGUGGAGGGUAGUUGAUGUUUUGGGCGCAUGUUGACCCGGGAAACUUAUUGCAAAUUGUCUCAUGUGGAUGUGUUAUCUUGUGCCGAAUUCUGAACUGCACCUACACUGAUGGUGAGCCGUUUUCAUGUAGUCUGAUCGCAAGACUUGUCUUAUCUAUGUCGGAAAGCGUUGAGUAAGCUGUCCUGUAAAGGUCUUGCGACCGGGUGUUGUGACUAUGAAAAGAGAGUUAAUGCAGUCGUCGUCCAGCGCAUUGUUUGUUGACGUACACCAUGCGCUUUCAACAAUGAAGGACGAAACCAAGUUCUUGUUGAAGGACCCCAUCUUGUUCUUCUGACUCAGGAUUUCAACAUCGCGCUAUGCGGUUUCUCUGAUCUGUAGAACGGCUGUUCGGCCGAUCGAUCGAUGCGAACCUCCCGGCAAUUUCGAUUAUUUUGAGCCCCUUCUUCGAAACAGUUCCGUUUGCUACAUACAUUUUGAACCAGUUGUGCCACUCCU